CCGCACACCUUCUCUGUACCCUCGUCGUCGCAUCCACUAGCUUGCUCGACAACACUCACAAUGACCGCGCACGACGAGUCGCGCGAAGCCACGGCGCUUCCGCCACAAACCAAGAACAAUCAUGUCAUCGUCGACGAACCACAGUCGGCCGGUUUAUCGACGCCUCCGGAGGAAGUCAAUGGGUUAGACGUGAAGAGCAGCUCGAGGAAACGGGAACGGGAGGUCUCAUUGGAACCGGCGACACCUCAGACUACCACGCUGGAAAUUGACUCCGAGAAGUCGGACAGCAAAGAUCGUCGUACUCCUGCAAAGAAGAAUCGCACCAGUGACGGCGUCCUCGAAGCGCCACAAGAACAGGCGGAAGACGACGCGAAGCUGAAUGGUUCUCCACCACAUGAGACCAAGGUACGGCAAAUAAGUCAGGGUGUGGAAGAUAUCACAUGGCAAAAUAUGAAGAAGAGCGGCUCGACGGAAGCUCGACCCGAGAAUGGGCAGGAUGUCUCGGGGGGAACAGAUCGGGAGAGCACGAUGGAGGGCGUCGCUGAUGCCCAAGCGCCUGCCGAGACAGAGCAGACUCAAGCAACCGGAGACACAACUCAGGGAGUGGACAGUCAGGACGAGGUGAUCGUCCCUCCGCUUAUGCGUGGGGAGAACCCACCGAUCCUCGACGACGCCGCCGGCGAAGAGGACACGGGUGCAGCCGCUGGUGCGGAGCACCCGGCCGACUCUCAUAUCCCGGGAGCGCCUGAGCCCUCGAACGAGCCGACCUCCCCGUCCGAGUCCGAGAAGACUGUGCCCGAAAAGGUCUCGGAUGCUCCUCGAUUGCCUUCCUCGCACCGACGUGGCUCCGACUCUGACCAGGAGAAGGGGGUCCUAAAGCGCAAGCUUGGCGACCGGACGGUGAGCGAGGCUUUGGUCCCCGGGGAGAUCCCGGGGCGCAACGGCGUCGCGGUUGUUGGAGCAACGAAGCGUCCCCGAGAUGACCCCGAAGUGGACCCCAACACGAGGGAGAGGAAGCGACCGACGCCUCCGCCCGAGGAGGACGAGAAGCAAGCGGAGAAGAAGGAGGCGACGCCACCGAAGGACGCUACUCCUAAACUUGGCGGAUUUGCUGCUUAUGCAUCCACGAGUUCUCCGUUCGCAAAAGUCACGGGACCCCGCGUCUUCGGUGCAAAGCAACCAACCUCUCCUUGGGCGGCUGCAAGCGGCAGUGACAGCUCUGCGAACGCGUUCUCGUCUAGCACGGCGAACUCCCCGUUCUCCUCUUUCGCAUCCUCCCCCUCCCCUUUCGGCUCGUCCGCUCCAUCGAAGGACGCCGCCAAUAGCUCGUCCACUCCCGAGGCGUCCGCCCCACAAGCACACAAGCGGACCGGAUUUGAGGCGUUCGCGUCUGCGACAUCACCCUUUGCUAGUGCGGCGAAGCGGCCCAAGUCCCCUCCCCCAUCCACCAGCUCCAGCGUGCUCCGGAGCCGCUCGCCCUCGCGACACGGCACCCCCGUGCGGUCUGUCAACGCGUUCUCCGCGUACGCCGUCGGGGGCGCACAGGGCUUCGCUGCCCCCACGCCCAGGCGUCCCCCGGCGUUCGGCGACGCGUCUACGUCGAGCUCUGCGGGCGUUUUUGGGGCGUCGGGGUCCAAGGCGGGCGGCAGCGUGCUAGAUGCGGGUAGCGAAUCAGGUUCUGGAGAGGAUAGCGAGAGCGGGAAGGAGGGCAAGGCCGGCAGGAAGGAGAAAGUGGUGAGCUUCGGGGAGCGGCUGAGGGCAGAGAAAGACAGGGAGGACGAGGGUGAGGAAGAGGAGGAACAGAAGAAGCUGAACCUGACUGAGCAGGAGGUGCAUACUGGAGAGGAAGAUGAGGACACAGUAUACCAAGUGCGCGGGAAGCUGUUCGCGCUGAGCGAGCAGAACCAGUGGAAGGAGCGGGGCACGGGGAUGUUGAGGUUGAACGUGAGGACUGAGGAUGGGGGUGGGGCGCGGCUCAUCAUGCGGAAGGAGGCAGUCUACACGGUGCUGCUGAACGCGACGUUGUUCAAGGGCAUGCGGUGCUUCGCUGCUCAGGAUCCUCGGUACAUCCGGUUUAGUGUGAUCGAACACAACGUUACGACGCACUACAACCUCAGGGUAUCGAACGCGAAGAUUGCCGAGGAGCUCCUCGAGGAGAUCAACGCGCAUAUCCCAACCGAUUAGAUCGCCCACCAAAUGCGGAGGGGUCUACGUCUUGUAAGUCCUCAUCUCGCCGCCCAUACAUGAGUCGACUCGAGGACUUCGGACGAUGAGGGCGGCAAGUACCUCUACGCCUCGGAGGCUGCAGAUGCUUCCGCCCCACGUCGAUGAUAUGUUUUACAACACUGCUGGAUCGAAUAUUUCCCUGCGACUGUUACGAUAGUCAAGCUAUUUAGUGCCCUUGAGCCUCCUUUUUGACGAGAACGUUGAAGUAGUUACAAUCCUGUAUAUCUAUUCCCC